AUGGCGGUCCGCUUGUUAAAAUGGAAAACAAGGAGUUCUUCCUCCUCCAGUGGAAGCUCUGCUAGUGUCCGAGGAGCUGUCUCUACGAAGUCUACGAGAAAAGACAGAUCAGAGAAGAAGAUCCAUGAACCCAAGAAGAAUAUAAGGGUUCUGGAUGAAGAUGGCUCAGAUGGGACUCCACUUCCCCUUCACCCAGACCUCACACAUGGCCUGCACCUCGUCCCUCCUCCAGACCCAGACCUCAAACAUGGUCUGCACCUCCUCCCUCCCCCGGAUCCAGCCCUCAGAUACGGCUUGUUCUUUCUGGAUGAAGGCAGCGACUUGGACUCAGACAGCACCACCUCCAACACAACCUCUCUCACUGUGGACACCAGGAGUGACCCGAGGCCUCACACACAUCACAGAGACGACGAGGAUGAGCAGAUAACCAUCUGCUGCAGAGAGACCAGCACCAUAUCUCUGUUGGACCUCCCCAGCUCUGUUGUAUCUGAGGCCUCAGAGGAGUCUGAGGAGCAGAGACAGAGGAACCGUCACUACAUAGAGCUGUGUCAGACCAAACCUGGAAAUGAGAAAUUUGUGGAAAGAGAGAUGCAGACUUUGGGCGACGCCCUGAAAAAUAAACUGAUCCAGACCGACUCUCUGGACACAGUGGAAUCAGAUGCAGUGGUGAGUUCCUGGCAGAUCUACGACAGCAGGAGUUCCCCCACAGACAGAGACCUGCAGCUCAGAGAGGGGGUCAUCAGAACAACUGCUCAGAACACUGACACUGACCCAGAGUCUCCUCAGAUCCUCAGGUAUGUGGGGGAAGGGCCUAAGCUUCAGCUGAACACACUUCUGCACAUGGAACGGAGCUUGGUGUUCAACAUCUACCAACAACAACUGGCUUCAUACAAACACACUGUCAGACUGGUUAAAGAAAACUCAGAGACUGGAGUGAGGGAGCAGGAGGAGCAGGAGGAGGAGGGCCGUGCAGUGUCUGUGGAGUGGCGUCAGGCCCCAGCUCUGAUCUGGCUCUGGUCUUUUAGAUGUGAAAUCACAGAGGGCUGUGUGGUCACCAGUUUGGCCUGGAACAAGGAGAAAACAGAUGUCCUUGCUGUGGGGUAUGACUGUUCUGCUCGUGACCAGAACAGAACUGGACUUAUCUGUGUGUGGUCGCUGAAGAACAUCACGUGGCCACAGCGGGUCAUCUCCUGCCACAGUUCUGUGACCUCUCUGGACUUCUCUCCCCUGGUGAGCUCUCAGCUGGGGGUGGGUCUGAAGGACGGCUCCGUGUCUCUGUUCAACACGUGCACAGGCCGCCGUGUGGCAUUCAGUCUGCUGCCGUGGCAGAAGCAGGUGCUACAGCUGUGUUGGACCAAACAGGGUUUAGUCUCUGUGUCGGUGAACGGACUGAUCCAGAACUGGCUCCUGGGAACCAAAGGCUUAGAGACCAGCGAAUUAUUUCAGCUGAGAAAAGGGACCGGAAAACAGAUGAAGAAGACGUCUCGGAGGGAGAAAGACAGCGCCACUGCUGGACUCUGCCUUCACUUUCAUCCAACGGACCCCACUGUGUAUUUGACUGGAAGCAGCGAGGGCCUCAUCCACAUGUGCUCCCUCUCUAACAGAUACUUCCCUCUGGACACAUACACAAAGCACUUUUGUCAGGUGAACAGUGUGGCGUGGUCACCCUUCUCUCCGAAUCUGUUUCUGAGUGCCUCCUCUGAUUGGACGGUGCAGCUGUGGAGGCGAGACCGUCCCUCUCCCCUCAUGGCCUUCAGCAGGUCCUCAGCGGUCCAUGAAGUCCACUGGUCUCCCACAUGGCCGACUGUGUUUGCUGUUCUGCAGAAGGAGACACUGGAGAUCUGGGACCUCAGCAGGAGUCUAGUGGUCCCUGCUGUGGUGCUGACCUCUGAGGCUUCACCUUUGACCUCAGUGCGCUUCAGUCCAGACUCGGGCGCCGUGGUGAUGGGAGACGCUGCCGGACACGUCCGUGUUUACCAGCUCGUACAUGUGGGUGUGGACAACAGCGGCAGGUCAUCAACUUGGAACAAGUUCUUCCUUCUUAAGUGUUGA